CGGCUGGUUGAGGUGGAGAGUUCACGCGGCGCACACAGAUCUGCUCAGUCUGAACAUCUGAACCAGACAUUGAAUAAGCACAAAGAACAACCAUGCGAACGCUCCUGGGUGUGUUGGCGUGUUCUCUGACUGUACUCUCUGCUUACGGUCUCUACACCUCCAGUGAUGAUGUGGUUGAACUCAACCCAUCCAACUUCAACAGAGAAGUUAUGCAGAGUGACAGUCUCUGGCUGGUCGAGUUUUAUGCUCCCUGGUGUGGUCACUGCAAGAGCUUGGCUCCUGAAUGGAAGAAAGCAGCCACAGCUUUAAAGGGCAUUGUGAAGGUGGGCGCAGUGGAUGCAGAUCAACACAACUCUCUGGGAGGCCAGUAUGGAGUCCGAGGCUUCCCGACUAUCAAGAUCUUUGGAGGCAACAAACACAAGCCAGAGGAUUACCAAGGUGGCCGUACAAAUCAAGCCAUUGUAGACGCAGCUUUGAAUGCUCUUCGUUCUCUGGUUAAAGACAGACUUGGUGGAAAGACAGGAGGCUCAGACUACAGCAGACAGAGCGGAGGUGGAGCGGGCAAUAAGAAGGAUGUGGUGGAGCUGACGGAUGAUAACUUUGACCGAACAGUGCUGGAGAGUGAUGAUGUCUGGCUGGUCGAGUUCUUCGCCCCCUGGUGUGGACACUGCAAAAAUCUUGAGCCAGAAUGGACAGCAGCUGCCACAGAAGUCAAAGAGCAGACGAAGGGGAAAGUGAAACUGGCUGCUGUGGAUGCCACUGUUCAUCAGGGCUUGGCAAGCCGCUUUGGGAUUCGAGGAUUCCCAACUAUCAAAGUCUUUCGUAAAGGAGAGGAGCCCGAGGACUAUCAGGGUGGACGAACCCGAUCUGACAUUGUUGCUCGUGCAUUGGAGCUGUACUCUGAUAACAUCCCUGCUCCUGAGCUGCAAGAGGUCUUGAAUGAAGGGGUUUUGAAGAAGACUUGUGAGGAUUAUCAGCUGUGUAUCAUAGCUGUGCUGCCACACAUUCUAGAUACAGGUGCAUCUGGAAGAAACUCUUACCUGGAGGUGAUGAAGACAAUGGCAGAGAAAUACAAGAAGAAGAUGUGGGGUUGGUUGUGGACUGAAGCAGGGGCGCAGAUGGAGCUGGAAGCCUCUCUGGGGAUUGGUGGAUUUGGCUAUCCUGCCAUGGCAGCCAUUAACUCUCGUAAAAUGAAGUUCGCUCUGCUCAAAGGCUCAUUCAGUGAAACGGGCAUCCAUGAAUUCCUCAGGGAACUUUCUGUUGGCCGUGGCUCCACUGCUACGGUUGGAGGCGGAGCUUUGCCAAAGAUCAACAGCGUUGAGGCUUGGGAUGGAAAAGAUGGAGAGUUGCCGAUGGAGGAUGACAUUGACCUGAGUGAUGUGGAUCUGGAUGAUCUGGGAAAGGACGAGUUAUGAGUCUGGUCUAAACUACUCUAGACCCAAACACUGCCCAUGUCUUCUCUCCUGUGGAUGAGGAGAUGAAUGGGACACGAGUUUCCUUAAGACUUCUGAAAAAAUACAAAUAAAGCAAACGGUUGUGCAGCUUUUAAAA